GCAUCCAGCCCAGAAGAGCAUUAGCAGAGCAGCUGGGAACCUGGGAUUCUUCCGGAGCUCACUAAUUCGCCACUCCUGUGAGGCCCUUACUGAAGAUUCUAGCCAGGUAGACAUUGGUGCUUUGUGGUACCCACAGGUCUUCGGCGUUAAUGACCCUUAAGGCUCUUAAGCUUGCGAAGGCCAGGAAUCCAUCUGUGUGUGGACGUUUUUCUCAGUAAACUAUCAAGGUGAUGGUUCCAGAGCAGAACUGACCCAAACGCGCGUUUCUCAUUCACGCUGAUGUUUGGCGGCAUUUUGGAGCACUAGCGAGAACCAUGGCCCAGAGAAGUCCGUUCAUGGUCAGUACAAUGGAAAAGCCUCAGACCAAUGACUCUUUUCAACAUGAGCUUGAAGAUUUCAUUAGAAAGCAGAGAGCCAGGACUACAAGCAGGAGCCUUGGAUUACAUCCAAGGACCUUUGUCAGAAAUACGGCAGAGGAAUCUUUUCACCAAGAAAGAGACUACUUCGUCAGCCCGGGAGCUCCAAUGCUGGGGCCACCUCUCUCAUCCAGAAAACACCCCAGAUCCUCUACUUCCUACGAAAGGCCGACAGUGGAAGACCUGGUACCUCACUGCACACGAAGACUGCAAUCUCUAAAACAUCAUCAGAAAAACCAGCCAGUCAGUCAAGACGGACACCAGGAGUGGGGAGGAGCCACCGGUGUGGAGCAAGGGACGCUCAAGAGGAAACACCACAGAGAGAGGGCUUCCCACAGAGAAGACGGAGGUCUCAGCAGAAGGAAGGCCUCAGCGGAGCCAGCGGGAACUGACAAGUCCGAGCCCAGAAAGAGGACCCGCCACGAUGGGAGAGACCCCACCAGAAGCAGACGCCAGUCCCACAGAGAGAAGAAGGAACCAGAGGAGAGGGAUUUGUGGGAUGAAGCUAUCUUGGGCAGUUGCGACUGAUGUUUGGGCAUUUGGGGUCCCAAAAGUCAACAACUUGGUUCUGUUGGUAAGGGUGGAUCAAAUACCUCAAAGCAACUAGAUGUCAGGCUUCUGCCAUGGUCCAUUUGCUCUGCUGGUGUGGAGCAUUCAGAGGACUGACCUCCCCCUGACCAGGGCUCACUUUCCCUUCUGUGGCUCGUUGCUGUCUCCAGCACCUCUAUUGUUUCUGCCCCUGGACACUCUGGAAAAUUCAGCUGUUUUCUUACCAUUGUUGCUACCCUGGAAACCACGGGGGCAAUACCUGCGGCCACCUUUGCCAUUGCCACCAUUCAGAAGCUGCUCCUGCCAUCCACUCCCUCUUCUCGUCACCACUCAGCCCCCUACUAGCGAUAAAGAGCAAAAGAAGACAAGAGGGUUGUGAUCUACACCAGUCAAGUCGAAUAUGCACACACACACACACACACACACACACACACACACACACACACACCCCUCCACCCCCCACCCCCACCCCUCAGUCUUGAGCACGCUAGGCAAGAGCUCUCUCACUGAGCUACAUCUCAUCCCCAAUCACAAGCCUUCUUCUGACGGGCCACCAAGGGAAGCGCCCGGAGUCAAAUUGGCUGCAGGGUUACCUAGCGUGCACCAAGGAUUAUAGUGAGCAGAGAUCUGCAUGUGCUGUGUGAAACAGUCAUGGCGAGAAUAUCUGGGACUGAAGGCAGUCACAGCCAGGCCCAGCCAAGAGAGAACUGUUUUUUUUGUUCAAGAUACAUUCGCCAGAUGCUAUUAAACAAGAAAAGGUAAUAGAUGUAUUUGCCAAAACAUUUUUACUUUGAGUAAAGCAGAAAAUUUUGCUCUAAAAUCUACAAAAAUUAGAAUCUUGACAGUAAGCAUUAAACACACACACACAGAAAGACACAGAGUAUCUGGUAGGAUGGACUCAGGACACAAGAAUUGGAUGGGUAGAGGACAGUGAGGAGUCGACUAACCUUCAUGGGCCGAGUGAGAGGCCUCAGGGUAAAGGGGCUUGCCACUAAGCCUGGCUUCCCUGACUUUGAUCCUGGGACCCACACUGUAAAAGGAGACAGCCAGCUCCUGCAAUGUGCUGUUUUUAUUUAUUUUAUUUUUAUUCAGAAUGUCGUUUCAUAUGAGCCUUUUCCAGGAGAUAUUUGUAAAAGCAAGUAGCAGAGUGGGAAAAGCACCUUUAUCACUCUGUUAGGUUCCCCACUGGAGUUAUCAAAUGAUCACCUGGUAAAACAGGACGUCCCCGCUAGUCUGGUUUCACUACUUGGCUUUUUAUUCUCUUCCAGUAGAUGGCACUAGAAGGUCAUUGUAGAGU